CACUUCUUCUUCGUCUUCAGAUAUAAAUAAAUCGGAAGGAGACGCUGAACAAGCUCUAUACUCUUAACUGAAGAAUCCACGACGAACAACACUACUUCCUAAGAGAUUUCAUGGCGAAUUCUGGCGCAGAUAAGAUAAAGCUCUACUCUUACUGGAUAAGCUCGUGUGCUCAUCGUGUCCGUAUCGCCCUCGCUUUAAAAGGGAUUGAUUAUGAGUAUAUACCAGUGAAGCUCAAAGGGAAUCAGUUCGAUCCAGAUUUCAAGAAGAUCAAUCCAAUGGGUACUGUACCAGCGCUUGUUGAUGGAGGUGUUGUCAUUAAUGAUUCUUUUGCCAUUAUAAUGUAUCUGGAUGAGAAGUAUCCUGAGCCACCUCUGUUACCUCUUGACCUCCAUAAAAGGGCCGUUAAUUUCCAGGCGAUGAGUAUUGUCUUGUCUGGCAUACAGCCUCAUCAAAAUAUGGGUGUUAUUAGGUAUAUCGAGGAAAAGGUAAAGAUAAAUGCGGAGGAGAAAACUAUUUGGGUGGAAAACGCUAUCACAAAAGGAUUUACAGCUCUCGAGAAACUGUUGGUGAGUUGCGCGGGUAAACAUGCGACUGGUGAUGAAAUUUACCUGGCUGAUCUCUUUCUAGCACCACAGAUUCAUGCGGCAAUCAACAGAUUCCAGAUUAACAUGGAACCUUACCCGACUCUUGCAAAGUGUUACGAGUCAUACAACGAACUGCCUGCAUUUCAAAAUACUGUCCCAGAGAAGCAGCCAGAUGCUCCUUCCACCAUAUGAUUCUGUGAAUCGUAAGCUACUCUCAGCUCAAUAAAACCUCAUAGUCAACAACAAAAAUGAUGAUAAUAAUACCUUGUACUGGUAUAUAUAUGUAUCAUAUAAACCAGUUUACUUCUUAGUUGCUCCACUUGUAUUAUACAAAUUAAGGUCUGAGAGUUGAAAAUUUGCAAAAAUAACUCCUAAAUUCUAAUAAUCGGCGUUUAGUGUGCAACU